AUGUCAAUAGAAAUCCAGACUGCUUUUGGCCAUGCAUUGCCACCAGCGCCUCGACAUGCUAUCACCACACAUGUCCCGACCUGGAGAUCACUCGAGCGGUUUCGAGACCAUGACCCAGAGCUCAUGGGCUCCUUCAAGAGCAUGUAUCCUCGCUUCUGGAUACAUCCUGAUAUUUUGCAAUUGUCCGCGAAGAUUAUCGAAUUCUCGGGAGAGAAAGAGAAAGCGUGCUUCAUCUUCCCUUCACUGCAAACUGCUCAAGACGCCAUUGGAUACUCUACUUCCCAGAGGAGAGGUAAAGAUGCAGUCUUGCGUGAUCACAUCACGAUACGUAUUUUCAUAGCACAACUUCCAAUGUUCGUGGUCUUCUUUCCCCCACCUUCAACGGGCGUUGUGCACGGCUUCUGGGUCCAUGCAGGAUCUGGGAUCUCCUCGCGAUUUGCGGAAGAAACUUUGAAGCACCUGGACACUCUCAAGGAAGUGCAGGCUGGCGAUCCAAGUCUCAGCAAAAGAGCUGAUAGUCCAGCUCAUGUCACUUUGCGGCAGAGAAUUGCAGGACUUCUCGAACGUGCUCCUGCUGAUCCACCACGGGACAACAAAGUCGGCGAGAAUGAUGUUUAUCUCUUUCAGACAGGCAUGUCUUCGAUUUAUUGGGUUCACCAAUACCUACUCAGCAAGUUCAAUGCCUCCAGUGUCUUGUUCGGAUUUGCGUUUCACUCAACCAUUCAUAUCCUCGAGGACUAUGGCCCAGGUUAUGAGUUCCUAGGUCUAGGCACAGACGAUGAGAUUGAUAAACUUGAGCAACAUCUCUCAUCACUUUCGGAACAAGGCAAGACUCUCCAAGCCAUUUGGGCGGAAUUUCCAUCGAAUCCAUUGCUUGUGACGCCGAACCUUUUUCGACUGCGAAAUCUUGCAGACACGUACCAGACCCUCCUUAUUAUCGACGACACAAUUGGUAGCUUCUGCAGUGUGGAUGUCCUUGGAGUCGCGGAUAUUGUGGUCUCCUCAUUGACAAAAACAUUCAGUGGGUACGCCGACGUGAUGUCAGCUUCUGCCGUUCUGAACCCGUCCUCGAAAAGAUAUGCGGAACUGAAAGAGCUUUUUGACGACAAGUACACCAACAAUUUCUUUGCGGGUGACGCAGAGACUCUCGAGCAGAACAGCCGCACUUACCUGGAGCGUUCUGCGGUUGCUAACAACAAUGCUGAAGCCGUGGUGAACUAUCUGCAGAGUAAAGCCGCAGAUACAAACAGCCGAGUGAAGCAGGUAUUCUACCCUACUGUCUCAUCCUCACUGAAUAAUUACACGCCAUUCAUGCGAAAGCCCACCGCGGAAUUCAAACCAGGCUACGGAACACUCCUGAGUGUGGAGUUCGACACGUUGGAGGCGACACGGACUUUCUAUGACAACUUUCACGUGCAUCAAGGGCCACACUUUGGAGCACAUCUGACCUUGACGAUGGGCUACACCAUAGGGAUCUAUGGCACCACGCUAGACUGGGCAGCCAAGUAUGGUCUCAGAAUCGAGCAAGUUCGUAUAGGAGUAGGCUUGGAGGAGACGCAGGAACUAUUGAACGUGGUCAAAACGGCUGUGGACGCUGCAGAUGCUUUGGUCAAGAGCUAA